AUGCAGCUUACCGUAAGCUGGCUCUUGGUCAUCUUGAUCUCGUUCAUCCUCUUCAACUUCUUCAUCUUCAUCUUGAUCCCAUUCAACCUCUUCAUCCUCUUUACCUUCAACCUUUUCAUCCUCUUCAUAAUCUUCGUCAUCUUCUUCUUCUUCAUCAUCUUCAUCUUGAUCUCAUUCAUUCUCUUUAUCUUCGUCAUCUUCAACCUCUUCAUCCUCUUGCACGUCUUCGUCAUCUUCACGUUCGUCAUCUUCACAAUCGUCAUCUUCAUCGUCUUCUUCAUCGUCUUCUUCAUCGUCUUCUUCAUCGUCUUUGUCAUCGUCUUUGUCAUCGUCUUCGUAUUCUUCAUCCUCUUCUUCAUCCUCUACUUCAUCCUCUACUUCAUCCUCUUCUUCAUCCUCUACUUCAUCCUCUUCUUCAGCCUCCUCUCCACACGCCCUGUUCCAGUUCCCUACUAG